CGUAUCUACUGUCCGAAAGGCACAUGUACGUAACUGAAGUGAGGUAAUUCAGUCAAUUGCGCCAUAGCAAUGUAUAUAUUUUUCUAAUGUUGCAGGGUUCACACACUAGCUGAAUUUGCAGAGCUAACGCGCAAACUAAAGCAAACAUUAACUAUCAAGCUAGCUAGUACCUAUUCCAUUUAUGUGGCGUCGUCAAAGAUGGAAUAUUUGCUAUCGUCAGUUUAUUCCAAGAUUAGCAUGCAGCUGUAGUGCUUCAAAGUCCCUGUGAUAAGGUUAGCGAUAAACUGAAGUCCAAACUGAACAGAACUACACUCUCUUAUACCAUUGUCUUAAAUAUAUUUAAUGGUCUCGUUGCAAAAGCUAAAUUGUCGCUAGUGAUUUUUUAUUUUUUUUCACCUUUAUUUAACCAGGUAGCAAAGAUUAUAGCAAACACCACAGAAACGGAAUUGGUGCUCGCUAGCUUUGCAAAUUCAGCUAUUGUUGGAAGCUAGCCAAUAUGAAACAAACUAUGUUAAAAUUACAAAAUGUUGCAGCAUGUGUUGUGUAAAUGUGUGUGUGUGCAGCUAGACCGGCCAGCCAGCCAGUCAGGUAGAAAAAUGUCAGAAAAAAGUAAAAAGACGGACAUCAGAGUAUUUUUCAGUACACCAAAACGCAAAGUAAGAACUCUAGUAGCCUAAUAUCUCAAAGACGAGUUGAUAAAAUGUUCAUAAGAAAGAAGUGAAAUGCUAAUGGAAAUGUUUCACAAUGAUGUCAUUAGGCAGAGCAGGCAACAGAUGGCACACAGACAGCUGAGUUGGGGACAGAUAUGCAGGGACAGACUGGCAGAGACAGGGAGUCUCAGGAGUCAGACUGUGAGUCAGUGAGGGUGGUGAAAGGGAAAGAGCCAAGGAGAGAGACUUCCGAGGACAGUGUCACAGCCACGGCAGGACCAGGUGUCACCCUUGUUGCCAGCAGCAUCAGUAUAGGGGACAGUGGCACAGCAUCGUCCAGUUACCUCAGUGAUGGCACAAAACCAUAUCAGCCACACCCACAAUUUAUAGAACCGCAAACUCUUGCCAACAGAGUGUUGACGUUUCAAGAGAGAUGGUUUCGCGAUUUCCCCUGGCUACAUUAUAAUCCAUCAAUAAAAGGAGUGUUGUGUUUUCACUGUAGCCAAGGGUUUUCAAGCCAGCCAUCUUUUGGCCAAAGAGCAGAUGCUGCCUUCAUUAGUGCAGGAUUUAGGAACUGGAGAAAAGCCAUUGAAAAAUUCACAGCACAUCAAAACUGCCAAACCCACCGCCACUUUGUAACUGUAACAGCACACCAGCUAAAUCCAAUCAGUGUCCAGUUAUCCAGCGCGUGGGGUAAACAGCAGGAGGACGCAAGGCAUUGCUUGAUGAAAAUUGUUAGUUCGGUGCGGCAUGUAGUAAGACAGGGACAAGCCUUUAGAGGCCACACGGAUGACAGUGGGAAUUUAUACCAGCUUUUGAAACUCAGGGCAGAAGAGGAUGAUCCCAUUUUACUGAAGUGGUUAACAGAGCGUACCACAAUGUACACAGGCCCCAAAGCACAGAAUGAAAUUCUGAACAUCAUGGCCAAUACAGUCAUUCGAGGCAUUGCAGCUGAGAUUAGGUCUCUUCCGAUUGUACAAUUUUCAUUAAUUGUUGAUGGUACUCAAGAUGUCUCUGGUGCUGAACAGGAGAGUGUCUGUCUGCGUUAUGUUGACCGUGACCUUGUCCCUCACGAGGACUCGCCUGUUGUCUCCGACACCCUGUCUCUGGUAUGCAGGCUGCAGUCGAGUGUGUGCGGUCAUCUCUUAGGGGCAAGAGAAAUGACGAAAGCUACCUUGCACUGUAUGAGAAAGCAACAACUUUGAUUGACUCUAUUGAAUCCAUUGAGACGCACUCAAGACGAUUUGCUGGCAAAGCAGUGGAUCACUAUAGGGCAGAAUUUUUUUAAGUGUUGGAUGGUGUGGAGGUUCAGUUUGGCGACCGUUUUGACCAGGACAGUCUAAACGUCCUGCAAAAGUUGGAAAGAGCGCUUCUCACGGGCGAGUUGGAUGAGUCUCUAGAUCAGUACCCUGAGCUGAACAUAGAUUCUCUUUCAGUGCAGAUCCCUCUCUUUCAUAACAAAUACCCCUGUAGCAGCAGUUGAGAGGCAGCAGAGGUCCUCAGGAGGCUUCCAGUGGAGGUGCGGGGGUUGUUUGACCAAGUUGAGGUGCUGAUCAGAAUUUUGUUUGUGGUGCCAGUGUGUUCAUGUGAGGCUGAGAGGAGUUUCAGUGCACUCCGCAGGUUAAAGACUUGGCUACGGGCCAGCAUGGGCCAAGAGAGACUGAACGGCGUAGUUGUCUGUAAUGUACAUAAAGACAGGCUGGACAGUCUCAAGAGGGAAAAUAUCUGCCAGCAAUUUGUUGGAUCCAUUGAAACCCGCAAACAUAUGUUCGGUUCUUUUGUUCAGUAGUGUGUAUAGCAGUGGUUCUCAACCUUUUUUGGGUACUGGAACCCCUGCAUAUUUUGAGGCAAGGCAGGCAAGGUUUUGAGCGGUCCUCAGGGACCUCCACCCCCUCUAUAUUAUAUGUAAACUUACUGGAAACCUUGUGGUACUGAAUACGUUCAUUACACUUUUUUUUAUUUCACGGACACCUUGCAAUUAGUCCAUGGACCCCUGUUUGAGAACCCCUGGUGUAAUUGAUAUUUGUUAUUUUGUUUAGUAGUUUUCAGUUUUUAGUACAUGACAGUACACUUACAAAUUAUUAUUUCAUGUUAUUUUAUUUAAAAUUGCAUACUUUGUGUGACAUACUUGUCCAUAGCUGCUGUUUGAAGAGUUGAGACACUGACUGAAGGAUAUUUUGUUUGAUUUAUUUGGGUUUUUCAUUGAAGUAGUUAUUUUGCUUUUAGAACUGUACUUAUUUUAAGCUUUUUGUUCUUGUAAAGAUAUUGUAGUAGACUCAGGCCAGGUGCACAUAUUUAAUGACUAUAUAAAUGUAUCACAAAGUCAAAUUAAAAGGUCAAUUCAAUACGGAGACCAACUUUGUGAUGGUUCUCAAUGGCGAUUCUUUACGAUGAGAUCACACCAUGUUCAUUGUAUUUAUGAAAACUACACCCAUACAGUGUACAGUACCAUUGCCGCCUAAUGGCCUUUCUUGAUAUUGCUGGUUGUAAGUACGAAUACCUGCAUACAUACUGGACUGAUAAGGAACACUGCUAUAACUAUUAUUAGUAGUAGUAUUAUAAUGAUUUAAACAAGUUGGGACAACCCUUCAGUUAACUACUGUACGUAACAAUUAUCCAUUAGUAGUGAUUAUGGUCCCUCAAUAUACAUUUAACAUAUUACAACGUAGGCUAUGUGUUACAGCACUACUUUUGUUGUCCCCCUCAGGAAUUGCUCCUGAGAAAAUUUCAUGUAAUUGUCCCCUCCAAGGUUGAUAUCAGAUUUUCGCCCCUGAGUCCAGGGUAGUUUUCUAGGAACUGGGACAGGUUAUGGACUGCUUAUCUGGAGUAGUGUGUGUGACUACUCUAUUAGUAAAAAGAAACAAGAUAUUACUCAACAGAGACUUGUGUCUACUGAUGAUAUACAGUACAUUGUUGUGCAGCAAGAGCCACUGGGUUCAUCUCGAUGCUUGGUUUCCACUGUGUAUUAACAAGAAGGGAGUUCACUCUGUUGGAUGUCAGUCUUAUCGUCAGGCUCCAGUAGUGGUGGGAUCCCCCAGGCCAUGCCGUGCUAUCCUGAAGGCUUCCUCUACAUUCUCCCUGGACAGUGUGUCUCAUGUCCACUAGGCCUGGAUCUAUCGACUUAACCGGAGCCAGGAAGGACAGGCCACUGCACCACAAUAAAUAAGGGAUACUGUGGGGAAUUCAUAACAUAGGCUACUGUAACAACAAAACAAUGUACAGUAGGCCUACAUCAGAACACCUCCAGUGAAACAUGGCCAAUAUUAGACCACCAACACAGUAGGGCUGAUGGAUCCUUACCAGUUUACACCCUGUCAGUUACUCCAGUAAAGCCAUGAGGACCCUGAAUGUCUGUGAACAGUUCCUCCAUUUCCAGAUAAAGGGCACACUGGGAGAAAAAAAAAUGUACUUCUUUUUUUUUUAUCCACAUCUGAUAUCAAUUUUUUCCCGCUACAGUGGUCCUGAGUUACACACUACUCAGGUCAUCAAUGUCAAAUAUAAAAUGUCAGGACUACAACUGAAGAGGACUAGACAGUUGGUUAGUGUAGUUUCAGAGGGUGUGCCUCAACUCCAACCCUGUCCAAGUGCAUAUUUAGCUGCCUGGUGAAAGUCUUCUGGAUAGCUUCCCUCUCACCUGAGAGAUAUGUUUGAUGAUGUGCCAUUCUGCUGGCAUUAUCACAGACACUGCAGAGAAAGUUCACACUGAAAUAAAAACGUGCAUUGUUUUCAUAUGUGAUGUUUUGAACACGACCGCGCUGUAAAGGGUGCAGAGAGUAGGAAAGAACAGGCAAGGCCCUACAGGUGAUGGUGCAACGCACAAAAAUAUGA